AUGUAAAUUUCUUAAGAAUUUGAUUUUUUUGUCAUUGGAGGUGGCUCAGGAGGAUUGGCUGCUGCUAAAUAAGCUGCAUCAUAUGGAGCUAAAGUAGGUUUGGCUGAUUUUGUAAAACCUUCUCCAUAAGGAACCAAAUGGGGUUUAGGUGGUACUUGUGUGAAUGUGGGAUGUAUUCCAAAGAAAUUAAUGCAUUUUGCAGCUAUGGCAGGAGAACUUAGAAAAGAUUAAAUAGAAGCAGGGUAAGAAAAUUAAUAUAUAUUUAGAUGGAUAGAUACUGAUAUUUAAGGAAAACAUGAUUGGAAUAGAAUGACAGAGAAUGUACAAAAUCAUAUAAAAAAACUUAAUUUUUCAUAUAAAAAUUAGUUAAACAAAAAGGAAGUUAAAUAUUACAAUAAAUUAGCAGAAUUAGAAAAAUCCAAUAUUGUGAAAGUAUAUUAUUAUAUAUAUAAUAUAUAGUUAAUUGACAAGGAUGGAGGAAUAGAAUUUGUAAAAUCAAAAUACAUACUAAUUGCAGUAGGUGGAAGACCCAGUUAUCCAGACAAUAUUCCUGAAAUAGAAAAAAAAGUAAUUACAUCAGAUGAUUUGUUUUGGUUACCUAAUAAUCCAGGUAAAACUCUUAUUGUAGGUGCUUCUUAUGUAGCACUUGAAUGUGGAGGCUUUUUGAAUGGUUUAGGUUAUGAUACUACUAUAAUGGUUAGAAGUAUACUUUUAAGAGGAUUUGAUUAAGAAAUAGCAGGUAAGAUUGAAGAUUACAUGGUGGAGAAUGGAAUUAAAUUUAUAAAGGAAGCUAUUCCUAUUAAUAUAGAAUUAACUGAAAAUAAUAAAAGAUUAGUAACUUGGACUUAAAAAGGAAUUCAAAAUAGUGAUAUAUUUGAUACUGUGAUUAUUGCCACUGGUAGAAAAAGUGAUACUAAUAAAUUGAAUCUAGAAUAAAUUGGUGUUAAAACUAAUAAAAAUGGAAAAAUUAUAUGUACUAUUGAUGAUAGAACAUCUAUUAUGAAUAUCUAUGCUAUUGGUGAUUGUGUUGAUGGUAGACCAGAACUUACUCCUACAGCCAUAAAAUGUGGAUAAUUAUUGGCUAAUCGAUUAUUUGGUGGAUAAAAGAAAAUGAUGUGUUAUUAAUUUGUUCCUACAACUAUUUUUACUCCACUUGAAUAUGGUUGUAUAGGUUAUUCAGAAGAAGAGGCCAUAAAUAAAUUUACAUAAAAUGAAAUUAUUAUUUAUCAUUCCAUUUUUAAACCUUUAGAAUGGAAUCUAUUGGAAUCUCAUUAUGCAUAAGCUUGUAUGAUUAAAUUAAUUGUAUUGGUAUCUACAAGAAGAGUUAUUGGUUUACAUUAUUUGGGACCUAAUGCAGGUGAAAUUGUUUAGGGUUAUGCAAUUGCUAUGAAAUUAGGAGCUACAAAAGAAUAAUUUGAUUCAACUAUUGGUAUUCAUCCUACUUGUUCAGAAGUAUAUUUAUAAUCUAAUUAAUAGGAAAUUUUAACUCUUACAGCAAUUAAAGGCAUUGAUAAUCCAUAAAAAGAAGGUUGCUGAGGUU